UCACCAGACGCAUGUGAUUAAAUGUGAUCGGCCCGACUCAGACUCGGCAAUGUGGCCGACCAUUUCCAGCCGUUAAGGCUUGCGGUCCGUGCGUAAAUGCACUGCGCGCCACGUGUCUGCCAUUUUAAACUUUGCGUUAUUAUUAGGAUUUGUAUCAUACGCGGGAUCAGAGUCGGUGGGAUAAAGCCGUCGGUGGCGGUGUUGCCCCCGCGCUGCGCCCUCGUCAGUUCGCGCCGGCUCCGGCGAUGUUGCCUGGUUUUCUGGUUGCGUGGAAACUAAAAGGCUGCGCCGAGCGAGCUCAGAGCUGCAGGAGCUUUUCCACGGACGCUUCGUGGCUGCCGGAGCGGCUCUCAGCACAAGUUUAACGAUCCGCAAGAGGACCCGAUGGAGGCGACCCAAAACACUGACCGACCCGCGUCCGAGAGAGCGCACUGAUCGGCUGGACGGUCUUACUGUCGGACACUUGCCGAGAACCACAUCAUGAAAAGGAGAGGAAAAGCGGCAAAGACGUGAGUUCAACAGCUACUGGGGAGGUUGAUGUGGAUUUCAGGUCCCGCGCCCAGGUAAUCUUCCUGGAGCAUGCCCAUAUCCCAUGAUGUCCCUACCUGCAGACUGGCUGCUGCGCCACUCAGUGGUCAUGUGUUUGCUGCUGCACAGCCUGGUGCUAAUGACCUUCUGCUUUCACCAUGCUGCCACCAGUUGCUCCAAAAGCUGCUACUGCUCUGAGAGCGAGAGCGGCGGCAAGACGGUGCGCUGCAGCAAUCUGCAGCUCACAGAGAUCCCCCAGGAUAUCCCCAACGACACACGACGCGUCUACCUGGACUUCAACCUCUUCACUACAGUCCCAGCAAAUGCUUUUGCAGGUUUGCCUCACCUGGUUGAACUGGAUCUAUCGCAUAAUGAAUUAAGCCAGUUAGAACCAGGGGCAUUCAGAGGCUUGGGCUCCUCACUACAGUUUCUUGACCUUUCUUCGAACAAGUUAGUAAACUUUAACCCUGAGGCCUUCGAGGGCCUGCGGGCUCGCGCUAACCUAACAAACAAUCCAUGGCAUUGUGACUGCAACUUGCAGAUGGCCUUGCCCCGUGUGGACCUGGAGCCCGCAUCACUGACGGGCAUUGUGUGCCACUCUUCAGAUCCUGAGGAAAUAGGAGUUAAAGGACUUGCCUUUCUGUUGGCACCAGACAUAGACCUAUGUGUGGUGAUGAAGAGGACUACAGACGUGGCCAUGUUGGUUGUCAUGUUCGGCUGGUUCACCAUGGUCAUCUCCUACCUGGUCUACUAUGUCAGGGCUAAUCAGGAGGAUGCCCGCAGACACCUGGAGUAUCUCAAGUCGUUGCCCAGCAGACAGGGCAAGUCAGAGGAGUCUUCCACCAUUAGUACUGUGGUAUAAGGCUGAUGGUAACCAACACCAAACACGCUGGAACUACAACUUGCAGCUACACGGUCAUCAGUCUCAGAUGGUUUUUCCCAGCCGUUGUCACAGAGCCAAGGUGGGCAACAAGACAUGCGCCUGCACAAGAACACCAGGCCGAUGCAACCUAGCCCCGAUGAAUUAUUCAUCUUUCAGCGACCCAUUAGGAGUUUAUUGCUGGCUGAGUUGAUGGUCUAGUCUGUGCGCCAAGGGAGAGAAGGCAGCAGCGUGUUUUUGGCGAGCUCCAAAUAUGGGAUACAAAUGGGAUUUAUCCAGUGGUGCAUGCACCUUGAUGCACCUCGCUCAGACGCAGAGAAUUCCAGAGAGCGAUUCAGACAGCGAUACAAGCAGUGAGAAAGAACAACAGUAGAACGAGGAACUCCAUGUGCAACUGUUUUCCAUUACAACCCUUAUGAUAUU